GGUUGACACAACCUGUGAUUUUCAUAUUUCCGAGAACAGAGUUAUAAUGCAUUUGACGCAAUAGGUCAAAUAUCUGUACCUGCGCGUUAUCUCUGAUGAUGAUCACAGAAGAGUUAUGAAACAUGCCAUGGCUGACAGAAAUUUUCAGAAUGUGGGAAGUCAUUUUACGAGUACCCCCUCUUUUUGUCAUAGACUCUCUUCUCAACAACUCACUUUUCACCUACUAUCAAGUGUACUUUCAGUUCCUUCACUUUGAAACGCCGAUGACAUGGAUCCAGUACAUCGAAUGGCUGUUUCUUUUAUCGCUGUGUACAUCUGUGGCCCUGGUGAUUUUUCUUCUGGGGACCCGGCAGCUGCUCACCAUGUACAGCUAUAUUCUUUCCUUAGUCGCCGUCUUCGUCUCAUUAAACAUGAAUCUAACAUUCACCAGGCCUGCAACCAAAUCGCUUUGGAUGGUGGAGUUUUCAAAUCCCAAAAACCAAACCACAGAUUAUUUGGUACCACCAGAGAUAGUUCGUCAUGGAUUACAAACCUGUAUAAAUUAUUUACUUGGUCAGCUGGCUGCCGCUUUCAUCUUCUGUAAAUCCUGGCAAUAUCGAAGAGAAGUUCGAACUGAAAACAAGAAACAUGUAUAUAGUGUCUUUUUGUCAUUCAUUUUUCCAAUUAUCAUGGCACAAAUAAUGCAGAUGAUGGAUUUAAGUUCAGAGACACUACUUUUCUUUAUACAAGUGGCAGGGUUGGUCCUUCCACUGGAGAUUCUGUCAACGAAUGUGAUUAACACAGCAUCUUCAUUUUACUUCACUUUCAAGCGUUCGUAUAACCUCGUGAAAUUGACUAUCGGUGCCAUCGGAUUACAAGGCUUUCUGGAAAAUCACUGGGUUCGUUUACAAGUUCCCAGGGUGCUAAGAAUAUUUUUUACAAGUAGAUUUAUAUUUCAAGUUGGAUAUCUGUAUUGGUCAUCGUUAAAUCAAGUUAAUGUUAGUUAUUUCAGUACAGAUAUUUUAAACAACAUAGGUUACCAGGUAGUGGUGCGAAGCUGUGAUGAUGUUGUUGCACUGCUUGGUUUGACUAGCAUUGUGUCAUUCUGUGCCCAUUACAUUGGCGUUUUUAUGGCAUUUUGUAUAGGAUCGUCUGAAGACGACGACAAAAACAUGGGUACGGUGUCUGCAAUUUUAUUCUUUAUACUUGCCCUGCAAACAGGGCUUACAGGAUUAGAACCUGACAAAAGACUAGUAAGACUCUGCAAAAAUUUAUACUUACUUGGAACAGCCAUCACACACUUUGUUCACAGCAUGGUACAUCCUCUGUUAAUGUCACUGAGUGCGUCGCGCAACAUGCACAUCCAGCGACACGUGCGAGCACUGGCAAUGUGUGCCUUCCUCAUCACAUUCCCUUCCUGCCUUUUGGUCUACCUCUGGAGCAUGCAUAAGGUCAACACAUGGCUCAUGGCCGUCACAGCAUUCAGCCUUGAGGUCAUCAUCAAGGUCAUAGUAUCCCUCAUGGUAUAUUUUCUAUUCAUGCUGGAUGCAUAUCGAGACAAAUUUUGGGAAUCCCUGGAUGACUAUGUUUAUUACAUUCAGUCAACUGGCAACACAAUAGAAUUCCUAUUUGGAAUUUUCCUAUUUUGUAAUGGAGGUUGGAUACUACUGUUUGAAUCUGGAGGAACAAUCCGUGCUGUUAUGAUGUGUAUCCAUGCCUAUUUUAACAUCUGGGUGCAAGCGAAAGAAGGUUGGAAGGUUUUUAUGAAGAGGAAAACAGCUGUAGAUAAGAUAAAUUCUCUCCCCUUGGCCAGUCAAGAACAACUCGAUACGCUCAACGAUGUGUGUGCUAUUUGUUACCAAGAGCUUCAGAAUGCCCGGAUAACAUCUUGUAAUCACUAUUUUCAUGGCGUCUGUCUCCGGAAAUGGCUAUACGUUCAAGAUAACUGUCCAAUGUGCUACAAGGUAAUUUACCAUACUGUCGGGGGAGACAACUCCAGUGUGGAAGGGGAUGAUGCCAAUCAAAACAAUAUUAACAAUGGUUUAAUAGCACCAGUCCCAGUUCAACGUGAUCAUCAAGAUUAGCUGGGUCUGUUAAAUGCUGUGUAAUGUUACUGCCUAUGAACUAUGUAUAGUAAAUCAGGAAACCUGUAUAAACCAGACAAUAUAGAGAGAAAAAAACACGCUAUGUUUCUAUGUAAAUUUCACAUAUAACAUCUUUUCCAUGAUUUUCAUGUAUUUUUUUUAAAAAGUUCAAGUUCUCCGGACCUGCAAACAUGAGAACUCAGCAAUAACAUUUACGGUAUUCAUUACAUAAUACAGAAGUCAUGUGAUAAGAAUUCAUUUUGUGGAUUCUUAGAUUAUUCAUUGUAAUUGCCUACUGGUUGCCAUUAUGAUUCUGUAACUCAAAAAAAAAAAAAAUCCAAGAGAUCUUGAUAAAUAAACCAGAAAUAUAGCCAUAUAUAUAGAAGACUUGUCUUUACACAAAAAUUACAAAACUUGUUAUAGUUUGUGGUAAUGAGUCAUUGAAGGUAUCAAGGUUUUGAAUGACUGGUUUAUACAGGUUUCCAAAUUGUAGAAUUUCUGAUGUAAUUUCUAUGGUUACAGUUAUAUAGCGUAAUUUUUGCAUUAUUUUUAAUUGAAAUUUAUAAGAAGAAGCAAGUAUAUUUGAUAAAUAACCUGCUGUAUUUUACUGGUGAAAAUUUUGCCCAGUGAACUUCAUACCCUGUACAUACUCAUGGAUAGGUAGUAUAAGUAGGUCUGUGUACAUUAAUGCAAUUGAUGUUAUUGUCAGGGUAUUUUAACAUCCACUUUCAUGUAUCUUUAAAAUCAGUUGAAACAGGUGAGCUUAAUGCUCUGACUGUACCACCAGUACAAGUUGUAAUUGAUUUGAAUGAGAGAAUUUAUGUUGGAGUGAAAUUAAUUUGAUUCAUUGGUUGAUGUAAUGUGUAAAUGCACUCUGGGACCAGAGUCCUUUUAUAUUGUUCAAAGUUGUCGUGAGUUAGUUGUUUCUGGUUAUAGAAGAGUAGGAAAACAUUUUGAAUUCAAAGCUGUCCUCUUUGAGCAAAUGAUUAAAUAAUUAACAUUUACCACCAAGUGAAAUUAGAUGACUACUUAAUUAAUGUUUGCCAUUAAACAACACUUACAUUUUGUACUUAAUUCAGUGACAUUUAAGGAUCCCCGUACCACUGCCAAAAGCUGUUACUGUACAUUGGAAACUGUUUUUUCAAGCAUGACUAUAGUUUUGAUUUUGAUGAAUCAUUUUGAAGACAAACCAUAUUUUGAGGGAUUUUCAUGAAAAAAAAUAUAAUUUGAAAUAUGAAAUAAUCAAAAUAUUAACAACAACCUCAUUCUGAGUGUAAAAAAUCUACACGACUAGACAGGGAUUCGAACCCUGGACUUCAGAUUGUUGAAAUGCCCUGGCCCAAUUGUGCUAGGGUUAAAUAAAGAAGGAAUUAAUUCAUUCACCCCUGAAAUUUCAUAAUGAACUAAUUUAAUAUUCCAACCUUUAAAUUGGAAGAGUUCA